AAAACUGCCACAGAAAUUAUAAAUCUAUGUGAUAAAAAUCUGGCCAUGCUGUUGAUAAGGCCUUGACAACAAAGAAUGUCGUGAAAAACAAUCACAAUGUUCAUCAUCAUCGGAUAAAAGCUCUACCAAUUAGAUCUAGAUCUAGAAAAUUAGAGCAACCAGAAAAACUAUGGAAUCAGAAUCUUUGGAAAACAAUAAUAAUGUAACAAAAGUAAAUAUCCGUCAUGAACCUGAGACAGACUUGAAAAGAAAGGAUGAAAACCAUGAACACAUUCCACUACAACAUAAGCCAAGCCUAUCAGAUGAUGACCAGGACAUUGUGACCUCAUCGGUAGGUAGCUCAGAGAUUUCUGAUACAAGAAGCAAGACUAAAACCAAAACAAAAGUUGAUCUUGAUGAUAAAGUUGACAGUGAUUCAGAGGACCACAAUUCAAAUCCUACUCAGAAAUAUGGAAAUAGCCCUGAGUUAAAGGAGAAACCUGACAACCAAAAUCCACCAGAGGACAUCUCAGGGAGCAGAGCAAAAGUCAAAGUUAAAAGCACUGAUGGAUCCUAUGAGCCAUCUGACAAUGACAGUGAGCCAGAGGGAGAGUAUAGCUUCACAGAAGACCAGAAACGAGCCAUGAUGGAGCUGAUGGUCCAAAAACAUGAGGAGGGUGAUAUAAUUGAUGAAGAUCCUCCUGAAUAUAAUGUGAAAGGUAGACUAUUAAUAUUGAAUGCUGAGUUGGCAAAUGAUCCAAUACCCGAUGAGGGUCAACGUGAAACCAGAGUGGGAUUCAAGCCUGAGAUUGUUGACCUAGUAGCUCCUCCCCCAUCCUACUUGAGUGAUGAUGAAGAGUCUCAGCCAAACAGUGCCAGGGGAGAUAAACCCCUGCCAUCUCCAGACACAGAAGAUCAGAAAGACCAUGUAACAAAAGAGGAGACUGCUAAAGCACCCACUGCCGACCAAUAUGUGGUAGAACGAGAUGGAAAUUUUACAGUUCUCAGCUCUAAAGAGUUGACCCCUGCAGAAUAUGAACUGUAUGCUAAACCAAAUAAGAAUGAAGAUGAUAAAAAUGCUAGGGAGCAUCAUUCAGACUCUAAUAAGAAAUCUAGGGAUGCAAAAGCAAUGAGCCAUGACCACUCCAGCAGCACAGCUGUGGUCCCUAAGCCCCCUAGCAGACCUCGUCCUAAUACAGCAGCCCCUACAACAAGAAGGAAAACCGUACAGUCUACAAGGCCAAAGUCAGCAGCUCAGAACUUUAGUAAUAGUGAUUAUAAUUCACCUUAUGCAUUGUCCAAGGAACAGAAAGAGCAGGUCAAAAAAGAAGCUAAGAGAUUAGAAGAAGAGAGGCAUGAAAAAGAAAAGAGGAGAAAGGAAGAGGAAGAAGAAAAACAAAAAGAGAACAUGAGCGCCUACGAUGCUUGGAUAAAAAAGAAGGAGGAAGAGGAGGAAGAAAAUAGAAAGAAGAAACAUGAGAAGAAGGAUGAUAACAUGGCAAAAGGGGAGGAAUCAGAGACCAGCCUAAGUGAAAGUAUUCUUUCAUUUGAAGUGAUCUACCCUUAUUUGUACCAGCAGUCCUCGAAAGAGGCAGCUGCCGCAGCCUACCAGAGCUGGCUUAAAGAAAAGCGUUCACAGGGAAAGAAAGAGAAGUUGCUGAGAAGAAGACAGCAGCAGGAACGCAAUGAAGACAUUAUCAUCCACACUCCAGAGGACUGUGAUAAGGCAUACAGAGAAUGGCUGAAGAAGAAAAACUUAGAAAUGAAGAAACAGAAUGCAUCUGAAAAACAAAAAUACAAGUUUUAUAAACUUUACCUAAGAAAAUCCAGGAGAUCAUAUGCCUUAUUGAAAGCCCUUAAAGAAGUUCAGAGUAGUCCAUAUUUAGAUUAUUAUGGUUACAGAUUCUAGCAUAUUCUACAUUACAAAAACAAUAUUUUGACUGCAAGAGAAAAUUGAGCAUAGAUCAAUCAACAUUUUUGUUUCAAGUUUUAAACACUUAUUUUUAUCCUUAGGCUGGAGAGAGGUAUUUGCACAGCCUACAUUGACAGUUAUAUCUUAUUAAGAUCUUCUGCAUCUUAUUAUCAUUUUCACACCAUCUGCCCUGGAUGAGCUCUAUGAGUUAAAUUGCUCUCCAAAAUAAAUUGGUACAAUCAAAACAAACCAUCAAGUUCAAUAAAAUGAAGUGUGACUAAAUAUCAAUGAAAAAUAUGAUUUUAGAAAAACAGAACAAAUGUCAUGUAAAUAGUCAAUAUCUGUCUCAAAAUUUUUAAUAGAGUUUGUAAAUAACUUAAAAUGCAAUCAUUAUUUCUUGCAGCUAUUCAGAAAUUUAUUUCUUAAUUCGAAACACUGAAGACAUAUACAAAUAAUAACAUUUUUCAAUAUUUUUAGAUAAUUGAUAAUCAAUAUUUUUCUUAAAGUAAUUUUUACAUAAUCGUAAUCAAGAUAUUUUUCUUUUGAUUUUAUAUACCAUUUAAUUUAUUUGGACUCUAUUGAAACAAAUAAAAUUUUAGAUUCCAAUUAGAUUUCAAUUUUAGAUAUCAAUUAUUAUUAUUCUAUUCUGUCAAUUAUUAUUAUUCUAUGCUGUGCAGAUAUUUUGAUAACAUUCUGAAUAUGAAAUGAAAUAUAAUGAAAUUUUGUGGUUAAUUAAAAGAGCACAAAAUUAUUGGUUUAUAUCCAGAUGGAGAUAAUACUUUUGAUUUGAAACUUAGGGAAAAGCCUUUUUCUGAUAGGUCCUUCUUAUUAAUUGAAUAUGGCACAAGUGUUUAAUCCUAACACAGGUCAUACUAUAUCUUUGUAACACUUGACUAAGAGACAGUAGACACAUUUUUAAUAAUAGUCUUACAGUAUUAUAAGUCUAUAACAUUAAAAAAAAAUAUUUGAAUGAAUAGAAAUGAAGAUUAAAAGAUUAUCAUUGUUCUUUAAACCACUGUUUUGUUAUACACUAAUACUAUAAUGCUUUUAUAGUACUGGUGUACUAAGAGUUUAUAUAAUUUUGGCAUACUGGUAACAUUGAUGUAUUAUCAGUAUAAGUUUUGGUAAAAUGUUGGUAUAAUAUUGACAUUAAGAAAUGUAUGAAGAUAUUCGUUUCUAAGCCACUCUCAGACUGUGAUACAGAAAGACCUGUGAAUGAUUUUAUAUGUCUUGUAUAUUUUUUACCUAUAACUUAUUGAACCUUGUUCUACAAUAAUAUAAGACUCUCAAAUAAUGGAUGUCCACAUAAUCAUUAUAGUCAAAGGAGACCUUUCAAAACAUUGUUACUAAAAUGUUGAGAAAAAAAAUAAAAGAAUAAAUUUGUUACCAAACACCUUUUGUUCUAUUGUACCUUUAAUAUCCAGGUAAUUAUUUAUUUAUUUUAUAGCUAGCUUUCAAUAGUGUAUUUAAAUUUACUUGAAAAAAUAUUGCGUUCAUUUUUUUCAUUUGCAAAAUUUGUGUAUUAUUUGUAUGCUUAUACUUAUUUUAUAUUACAUAUAUGUUGUUUUUUUUUUCAACUUUGCAUUUAUAAAAUAACUACAGAUCAGGGCUGAGAUUGGAAUUAGUAGAAUAUGCAAUUACAUGUUUUGAGAUAGAUAUGAAAGCAAGAUCAUAGUCAAUAAGAAGUGAUUCAAUAUCUAUUGAAUGUAUGAGAAGAUAAUAAAUAAAUUACAUUUAAGAUACUUCAAAGUUAAUACAUCAACCAGUGUGUUCUCAACAUUGUUUGUAAUAUUAACAUUAACAAAUGAAAUCUAGUGUUCUAUUGAAAGUGUAUUUUUUUCUCUUCCUUUUUCAAACAACAGAUAGGAAUCAAUUCAUUAUUACCUGCGCCUCUGAAGUAUAGUAUGAUGUUUAGAAGACAACGCCCAAAAUCUCUUGCCUCUAAUAGUAGUUUUCACCUAAUGAUAUUCUCAACCCUGACUUCUGCUUACUAAUUGCUGUGAUAUUUGGUUUUGAGUUGGAUUAAGUUUUUUUUUGUCCUUUUUUGUAUUGUGUGAUUUGUUCAAAUAAAAUUCAAUAUUUGGCAUUUCUGAUCUUAUGCACCAUUGAAGCUAGGACUUCUUAGCAUUCAGAGAGCAAAUUUACAGUAGUCAAAUGUAUUAAGUCAUAGAUUUAAUAAGUUCUAGUACUGCUCUAUAAAAUAAAAACAAAAUGAGAAAAUAAUGUAUUAUUAAAAAAAACACAUUCUUGAUAGUAGCUAUAAAACAUGCUCUGAAUGUAUUCAAAUACUGUUUUCACGUAAUGUAAGCCUGUAACGAAAUGUUCAAAGAUGAGAAAAACUCAUUCGUUGAGCAAGAA